GGCGCCGAUCAAUACGCGGGGCCUUGAGAUUUGGGUCAGUCGGGAGGCCACUCGGAAAGUCAGGUCCGACCAUGAUCGACCCCAGCUCGUCCGAGGAGGAAAGCGACGACGAAAAGCGGCACCAGGACAAGGAGCCGCAGCACCAGCGCCAGCACCACCAGGACCUGCGCCACCAGCCGCAGGCAGAGCGGCCCUCCGCCUCCAAUGCCAGCAGGAAUGCUUCGCCUGCCGUGUCCACUUCUCACCAUCACCACCACCAUCAAGACACGCUCAAUGUCAGCACCGGGAGCGCCAGGGGGUCGUCGCAGCCCCGGCCCACCAGCCCGAGCCCCUCCAUGGUCAGCGAAAAGACUGAGCAGGAACUUCAGCAGAUAACGCCGGAGCAGGCGGAGGAGGACCGCAAACGGCGCAUCCAGCUGUACGUGUUCGUGUGCCGCUCGGUGGCGUAUCCGUUCAACGCGAAGCAGCCGACCGACAUGACCCGGCGGCAGGUCAAAAUCACCAAACAGCAACUGGAGACGAUCCAGGGCCGCUUCCAGGCGUUCAUCAAGGGCGACACGCAGAUCAUGGCCGACGAGGCGUUCCAGAACGCCAUCGCCAACUACUACGACAUCUUUCUCAAGUCGGAACGCGUGCUCAAGAUGGUGCAGGCCGGCGCCUUCUCGCAGCACGACUUCCGCGAGGUCUUCAAGAACAACAUCGAGAAGAGGGUCAGGUCACUGCCCGAGAUCGACGGCCUGAGCAAAGAGACGGUGCUAACUUCUUGGAUGGCAAAGUUCGAUUGCAUCUUCAAGGGCGACGACGACGCCAAGCGGCCGGGUCGAAUGCAGCAGCAGCUGAAUAGUGAAAUGAUCCUCUCCAAGGAGCAGCUUUACGACAUGUUCCAGCAGAUUUUGGGCGUCAAGAAGUUUGAGCACCAACUCCUGUUCAAUGCCUUGCAGCUCGACUCGAUCGACGAGCAGGCUGCCGCGAUCCGGCGCGAGCUGGAUGGUCGGAUGCAGAAAGUGGCCGAGAUGGAAAAGAACAGAAAGCUGAUGCCAAAGUUUGUGCUCAAGGAAAUGGAGUCACUGUACAUUGAAGAGCUCAAAGGGUCGAUCAACACUCUGAUGGCCAACCUGGAGAACGUGCCCGUGUCCAAAGGCACCGCCGACUCGAAAUACGGCCUCAAACUGAAACGAUACAACCACAGUCGGCGAAGAAGCUCAAUUUUAAGGUCACAAGGCUCCCUGGCCAAACUCGAAGGAGACUCUGCAGACAGUGACACCCAGCUGACCAAGAUGGAUGUUGUCCUCACCUUCCAACUUGAGGUUGUGGUGCAAGAAGUGAAAGGGCUGAAGAGUUUGGCGCCGAACCGCAUCGUCUACUGCACCAUGGAGGUGGAGGGAGGAGAAAAAUACCAGACGGACCAGGCCGAGGCGUCCAAGCCCAUGUGGGACACGCAGGGCGACUUCACCACCACGCACCCCCUACCCUCGGUCAAGGUCAAGCUGUACACCGAAAACCCUGGCAUGCUUGCCCUCGAAGACAAAGAGCUGGGAAAGGUGCUGCUGAAGCCGACGCCGGUGUCGUCGCGGGCGCCUGAGUGGCACAAGAUGACGGUGCCGAAGAAUGCCGCCGAUCAGGACCUGAAAAUAAAAAUCAUCUGCCGAAUGGACAAGCCGCUGAACAUGAAGCACUGCGGCAUGCUCUACGCCGUCGGCAAGUCGGUGUGGAAGAAGUGGAAAAAGCGGUACUUCGUGCUGGUGCAGGUGUCGCAGUACACGUUCGCCAUGUGCAGCUACAAGGAGAAGAAGACCGAGCCUUCUGAGAUGAUGCAACUCGACGGAUACACCGUCGACUACAUCGAGCCCGCGAGUGCCAAUUUGAUGGUUGGAAUGGACCUGGUUGGGGGGCAGUUCUUUUUCAACGCGGUCAGAGACGGGGACAGCGUUCUCUACGCUUGUGAUGACGAGAACGAGAGCCACCUCUGGGUGAUGGCCAUGUACAGAGCGACUGGCCAGGCGCACAAACCCACCCCUCCCAUCAACAUUGCUGGGAAAAAUUCGACAAUCUCAAAAAUUCAAGGAGACGCCGACAGAGCUAGAAAGCACGGGAUGGAGGAGUACAUUUCGGCCGACCCUUGCAAAUACGACCACGCAGGAAGCUUCAAAACCCUUCAGACCUCUGCAUUAGAUUACCGCCUAAAUGACCCUUAUUGUUCCUUGGGCUGGUUCAGCCCUGGCCAGAUUUUCGUUCUGGACGAGUACUGCGCGCGGUACGGCGUGCGCGGCUGCUUCCGCCACCUGUGCUACCUGAGCGACCUUCUGGACCGCGCCGAAAAGGGCGUGAUGAUCGACCCGACCCUGAUGCACUACAGUUUCGCCUUUUGUGCCAGCCACGUGCACGGCAACAGCGCCGAACUGGUCGAGGACAGUACGGCCGUGGGCAGGCCGGACGGCGUUGGCACCGUCACGCACGACGAGAAGGAGAAGUUCCAGGACGUCAAGGAGCGGCUUCGGGUCCUGCUCGAGCACCAGAUCACCAACUUCCGCUUCUGCUUUCCCUUCGGCAGGCCUGAGGGCGCCCUCAAGGCCACCCUCUCCCUCUUGGAAAGGGUGCUGAUGAAGGACAUUGUGACGCCGGUGCCCCCUGAGGAGGUGCGAGGGAUGAUCAAGAAAAGUCUGGAAACCGCGGCGCUCGUCAACUACGAGCGUCUCUCGAAAGAGGCCAAAAUCGACGGUGGCAACCCCGAGCAGAUGCCUCUGAAUGAUGACGGGACGGAGGUGGCGAUUCCGCCGGGCAAGCGGCUCGAGGACCUGAUCCACCUGGCCGAGCUGUGCGUCGAUUUGCUGCAACAGAACGAGGAGCACUACGCGGAGUUCGGACAGGACAAAGCGUUCGCGUGGUUCAGCGACCUGCUGGUGGAGCACGCCGAGAUCUUCUGGUCCCUCUUCGCCGUGGACAUGGACCAGGUGCUGGCCGAACAGCCGCCCGACACCUGGGACUCGUUCCCGCUCUUCCAGAUCCUCAACGACUAUCUCCGCAUGGACGACAAUUUGAAGAACGGCAGGUUCCACUCUCACCUGAGGGAGACGUUCGCGCCGCUGGUGGUGCGCUACGUCGACCUGAUGGAGUCAUCGAUUGCGCAGUCGAUCCACAAGGGCUUCGAGAAGGAGCGCAACGGCUGCGCCACCUCGGAGGACCUCUUCUGGAAGCUGGACGCCUUGCAGUCGUUCAUCCGGGACCUGCACUGGCCGGACGCCGAGUUCCGCCAGCACCUGGAGCAGCGGCUCAAACUCAUGGCCUGUGAUAUGAUCGACUCGUGCAUUCAAAGGACGGAAUCGUCUUUCCAGUCGUGGCUCAAAAAGGGCUUCACUCUCAACUCGACCGACUACAUCGUCGCGUCCGAGAUGUGCGGCAUGAUCAACGUGAUUCUCGACGCAAAGAAUCAGUCUUUCAAAUUGUGCGCCGUUGACGGCGUUGACGUGCAUCAAUACCACACAAAGAUCGACGACCUGAUCGAACGCACGUCGCUGGCGAUGACGCAGGGGCUGAUCAACAAGCUGGUGUCCGUGCUGGAGAACACGCUGUCCAAGUUGUCGCGCUACGACGAGGGCAGCCUGAUCGGCUCGAUUCUCAGCUUCACCCAAAAGGUCAACCUGAAUGUGAACGUGUCUGGCUCGGGAAAGGAGAUGGGACAGGCGUACGUCAGCUUUGAGCGCAACAACGUCGACCAGAUCCGCAGCAAGGUCAACGACGAGCUCUGGAUCCUCAACUUCUUCGAGUUGUGGUACACUGGACAGAUCCAGUUGCUGUGCAACUGGCUGGGCGAGCGUCUGGACCACAGCCUGCACCCGUACCAGUGCACGUGCCUCGCGCAGGUGGUCAAGAAGCUGUACUCGGACUUUGAGCUGCAAGGCGUCACCGAGGACAAGCUCAACUCCAAGACCUACCAAACCGUUUCGCAGCGCAUGCAAACCGAAGAGGCCACCUGCGCACUCACCGCCGGCUCCUCUAGGGACUACGAUGGCGCUGAAGGUUACCCCGAGACGGGCAUCGACGACGACGGUGAGCGCGGCAAGCCAAAGGUGACGAUCCGCGAGACGCUGGGCGGCGAGGACGGCAACGUGGUGGCCAAGGUGCAGAACCUGACCACCAACGUGGUCGGCAAAAUGGGCGGCAUGCUGGGCAAGGGCCUGGGCGGCAUGGCCGGCAAGUUCGGAGGGCCCAGCAGUUGGUUUUAGUGCCUGCCUUGUACAGUUAUUUCACAAAGUUUGUUACUCGGCCUUUGAGCAACACCAACGGGCCCUUGUUCUGUAAAUACGCGAUCCACACACACACACACAUACACACACACUCACUGAUUGAUUGAUUGAUUACAAGUAUAUUAUACGAGACUUAAAAAAGAAAGGCAUUAUACCGCGCGAUAUAUCGACGAAAAUUAUAUUCUAUAUUAUUACGAUUGUUGUUUGGUUGGUUAGCGCGGGUGAUCGAGGCGCAAAUUCAUGAUCUCUGACACUCGCAACGCCCGCUCCUCGGCCUUCUCCGAAGCGCGAAAGCUCCAGCUCAACACAUUGUUUGCUGUAAGCCUAUUUCAUUGUUGUCCACACGUUUCUUUUGGUCAUAAAACAAACACACGACGAUGAGCGAGACCGGAAUGAGUGGGUUGUUUCUAUAGCGAAAGCAUUUUUGAAAUAUAAAUUACGCUGUUGAAAUCUUUGUAGCUUCCAUGCUUGGCAGAGAAUAUUUUGUACUGAUAGGUGUCAUUUUUAAGAACCCGCGUACGUUUCAUAUCAAAGUGCAUGUGUUUUUGAGAAAAAAAGUGCUUAUAAAAAUAUAUAAAUAUCCGCCCUUUCGAUUUUUCUAUAAUAAAUAACAACUCUGUGAGACUGCAUUUGAGGCGUGACGUGUGUGUUUCAAAUUCUGUGUCAAAAACGAACCCACAAAAUAUUGGAUCGCUCAAAAUCGAGCUGGAGAGCGUCUUUCCGCUAAUUUUGCUCCCGUCUUUACACAUUUCUGUGUCUGUCCAGAGACGUGGGUGGAUUGUGUCUAGUCAUGUUGUAGCGUGUCCAUCUCACCGACUCUGGUGUGAAUUCAUAAAUUCGUGCAAAUAGUCGCUUUAGGGAGGCAUAUUCGGAGGCGGCCGAGGAGGACCGGACAGCGGCCACGGGUGGCUAAAAAUCUAUUAUACAAAUUGUACAUAAGCUAGUUUCUCUCUGUCUGUCUAUAACUCCUCGAGACGUAAAAAAACAUAACACAACGUUGUUUCAAUACCGACGACACACGCUAAGAGUACGCUGUACCACAUUGUUAGUCCACGUAUAUCUCUUUCUCUCUUCUCUAUUUCUCAUGGAUCUCUAGCAAACAGUAUCAAAAUGGAUUGAGGAGCUGGAGAAGCGCUCCAGAAGUGUGCAAAGAAUAUUUUUAAAAUUAACAUUUAAUUUUAAAAGACCCUCCAGAUAGGAUGGGUCUUUUUUAACAUUCCAACCCCAUGCUUAUAUUCCAAUUUCCAAGUAUUCUAAAUCAAUUCACAUAGUCAUGAAUUAAAGAUGAAAAAAGUAUUUAACUUUUAAUAAAAACGACGCUCUAUCAUGAUUGAUUCAUAUAUAAAUUUUUAAUCGGUGCAUGCAAGUAAUCAAUUGAAUGUGCUCCACCUUUAUUGAUUUUAUCCUGGAAAAGCCAUCUCCUCAAUCCACGCACUGAGAAAAACGUCACACACGAGAGUUGAUAGUUCUCAUCUCGGUGACAACGGCCGCGCGUAAUGAGCGGUAAUUGGCCCCAAUUGGCCCGGCAGACGAUUCCAGCGUCAGGCCGAUCGCGUGACUUAAUUAUAAAGUAUAUUCACACACGACCGCGUAUGUCGAGUUCGGAAAGCAGCAAAUAAUGCCAGAAUUAAGAAAAGAAAAACCAAUAAUCCGCCAGCUUGCCCACCACGACCGAAAAGGGAAAUAAUGGAAUAAAAUAUGUCGAGGAGGAAAAUGUACCAUUUUUGUCUUUGAAAAGAGGAAAUAAGCAUGCAUUACGAUAAUUACGACGCGCUGUCUACGGCCGAUUCCAAUAACCACGUUUGACUAAGAUUAAAUUAUAAUUGACAGUAAAAUCAUCCAAUGAGAAAAGCCGAAA